AAGAGGUUUGUUGCUCACCAUGGCAGGGAAGCCAUCUGACCUGAAUAACCGGUUCAAACAUUGUGUUUUACUGCAAAAAUUACAAAAGCUGCAAAAUCCACAUGAGCCAGCCUGGAGCCAGCAGUCUGCCAGAAGUUAAGGACAGACUAUUUGACCUCCCUCCCCCUCUCCGUGCUCCUGUCCGAACGUGCGGGCAGAUCUUACCCUCCGGCUGAUCAGCAUGACAAAGCACUGGCCGGAGCAGACCCUCUUGGCACCACCCGCUCCGUCCCACCCUGGAGAACAUCACGGCAAUCAACUUGACUUCCACAGAAAUGUACAGCAGAGUUAUCCUGCCAGCGGUAUAGCGCAGAGCCCCACAGCCCAACAUUGGCCUCAACACCUGGCUCAGAUGGUUCCCCAGCAGCUGUCGCGCAUGGAGAAACCCACAGCGGGCCACGAACAUCUCACCGGUGCCACGGCAUUCAUGGAUACAGUCGUACCACUGGGCUCAUCAUACCAGAGUCCUCAAGAUGCCCACUUCACACAGGAAACUAUUACCCGGGACUCGUGGAACAGUGAACGGGAGAAGAGUAGCACCAGCGGUGGGAAGAAAAAAAACUAUCAGCGGUAUCCAAAACCACCGUACUCGUACCUCGCUAUGAUUGCUAUGGUCAUCCAAAGGUCCCCAGAGAAGAAACUGACAUUAUCCGAGAUCCUCAAGGAGAUCAGUACUCUCUUCCCAUUCUUCAAAGGAAACUACAAGGGCUGGCGGGAUUCUGUGAGACACAACCUCUCCUCUUAUGACUGCUUUCUGAAGGUGCUGAAGGACCCAGCGAAGCCUCAGGGCAAAGGCAACUUCUGGGCAGUGGAGUUGAGCCGUGUUCCUCUGGAGCUCCUCAAAAGGCAAAACACAGCUGUUUCGCGCCAGGAUGAGACAAUCUUUGCCCAGGAUCUGGCCCCUUAUAUCUUGCAGGAACACCAGCCAGAAUCGGAGCCACCACUUGCCCCCGUCCCCCCCCCCCCCCCCAUGUGUUCAAAAAACCCCUCCCCACCACAGGAGGACUUGUUCAGACCCAAGCUGGACUCCUCCUUCGCCAUCGACUCGCUACUACACAGUCUGCGUCCCCCUAGUGCCCCUGGGGAUGUAGAUGUGUCUACCAGGGAUUGCUGGGGCAAGGUGGAGCGCCCUCGGUUUUCACCACCUCCUCGACCUCGCUACGCCUCCUCUGCCCGUAGUGCCUCAGCCAGCUCUGCCAGCCCAGCCUCCACCUCCUCAUCUGAUGAGGAGUGGAAAGGCACUUCCCUGUCUGGGAAGCGUGUUCCUCUUGAUGGGUCGGACGGUUAUGAGGACUAUAGACAGCCUCUGCACAAGUCAGCCCGACGGGAGACGGUUGCACCUCCAUGGGAGCUCCCUACCUCCUACGCCAAGUAUGCACCCCCCAAUACUGUUGCCCCACCCAGCAUGCGGUUUAACGGAGGUCCUCUAAUGCCGCUGCAUGGUGGACUUCCCCUUUACGGCUACGGUAGCUCUCCUGUAGCACCUGGUCACUUCUUGGGGCAUGCCUAUUGGCCCAUACUUCCCAGUGGACGAGUUUCUGUCCAAGCCCCACCCCUCAUCAUGGACCUGGACAACAUGUUGCAAUCUGUGCCUCCGAAUAAGAGUGUGUUUGAUGUGUUAGUACCAAACAAUCAUAACUCUCAGCCACAUCAUCAACCACCCAGUCAGUACACACUACCGAAUGGCCCUCCCCUAAACAGGUAUCCUCAGUACUAACUGACUGUGAAAUACUGACUUGUUUCCUCAUACUGAGAGCCAUACUGUCACUCAAAUCCCACUAUGAUGCAGGACGGGAGGUUCAAUCAAGAUCCACAAAAGAAGCAAAUUUCUGCUGCAGAUUCUGCUAAAUCGAGUUUCACUACCUCCAGCUCAAGAAGUGUUUGUUAUGCAAAAAAAGGGUUCAUUGGAAAACAUGUACCACAAACGGCUAUAUAACAUCUACCUCAGGCCUUCAGAGAAAUGCAGUGUCCACUACUGCUUUGUCUUUGCACUGUCACUCGUGUUUGCACUGUUUUAUAUAUUGGCAUGAAUUUGCUUUUGUCUUCCUACUGUGACGGCUGAAUGUAUUGUUUGAUUCAAUCUUGUGAAAAACUAACAGCAUUGAGCUGGAUGGUUGAUGGUAAAUUUGAGCAACAGAGUAUCAAAUGCAAUAUCUUUCUUUACGGUGUGUCCCGCAAUUUAAACAGAAUAUAGAAUUGGUAGGUGAAUAACUAGCAUUAAUGUAUUGACAUUUGUUCCCCACUUUGUCAGGGUGUGUCUGUGUGCACAGAUCAAUGUGUACAAACACUUGUGCUAUUUGUGAGUUUUAGUUUGUUUGUUCAGAUGGUUAAAUAUACAGGACCAGCCGUUUACCAUAAUGUUGUUCCUGUCUUAAAUUUCAGUAAGUCCAGACUGUCUGCAUUGGUCCUAUGCAGCUACAACAGUAGAUUAACCUGAGAAGUAGUGAUACUGCAUCUUAGCCCUAUAAGUGUAUUUUCCUCUGUGUUUGACUGUUUUUUUUUACAUUACUAAACCAAUCCAAAAUGCUUCAUGUUGUCAGGACACUGGAGACAAUCAACCACUAUACUACCACCAGUAUCUACCUCAAGUUUAAAAUGGGCCGAGACAAGUUUCUUGUGGACUUUGCACUGCCGGUUGUUUGCACUAUUUGAUGUCAUUAUCGUCUUCCAAAGGGAAUUGCUUAUAAAUGUCUGCCUUUACCUCGUCAUAUGAAAGUUUUCAGUUUUUUUUGCCAUUUUCCUGUUGUCUUGUUGAAGGCUUGUACAAAAACAGCUCAGACGUUUAAGUAUCAAAAGAAGCUUAUGGAGUUGAACAGGGUAUGAAAUAAAAUGUUUAUUUUAAA